UUGCUUCAUUUAAAACUGGAAAAAAAAUGUGGUAGUUUUGUUCGCGAGUGGGGGGAUUCCACCCCUCCACUUUUCAAACCGUAUUCCUAUUACUCAAGCGUGUGACAAUGGAUCGGCUUCGCAAAGCGGCUGGACAGCGAAACAGUGAAAUCCCCCUAACUUAUUGAUUGCUAACUGUCAUCUAUCAAGUCCUCAGAAAGAAUGAAUGCAAAUUAUGACAUGCCAUUUAUCUGAAUAAUUAUACUUCACAAACACUGAAGCCAGCGCCGUGCUGUAGCCUGCCAGACGCGCGCCGGACUUUCACCACUGCGGACCGUGGCUCGGCUCGCAUUUUCUGAUCGCCAACGUUGGACUGGACCGGCUGGUCAGUUAGGCCUGCUGGACUUAUGGUUUUACAAGGCUAGCCUAGAGACUGUGCCAGAGAUGGUAAACCCCUUGAGCUCCUGCCACUAGACCACCAAGCCUCCCCUCACUAGUUGACCCUGUGCUGCAAAUGUUACAAGACCUGUUCAGGUUUUUCUAGUUGACAAUGAUGAAGUCAAGCAGACGCAAGCAGACAAACCCCAACAAACUAGCAGCUGGGGCGAGGGAUCCCCUACUCAUGCCCAUGCUGCCCGACGCUGAUGCUGCUGCUGAUGAUCAGAAGGACGACAUGGAGAAAGAUAAUGUCUUAAGUGAUGAUGACUCAAUGUCAUCUGAACCUUUAACUAAUGGUCAGAAUUCAGACUAUGAUCUUCCUUUGGAUAUGCAUGUUUCAUUGAACAGCUGUCCUCCUCAGACGUUCCUAAUCCCUAAAGAGAACCACAGCAUGCAGCUGGAUAUGGAUGGACCACAAAUGAAGAGGCCAAAAAUGGAAGGUCCACCAGAAGAUUUCCCUACAGCUUAUCACAGACUGGGGAGGGAGCUGCUCGAGGGUUCUGAUGUCCCCUUGACCAAUGGUCACUUGAAAAGUGAAGCCUCACCUUCAGCGCCAGCAGCCAGCCCGCCUCCUUCCCCCAGGAACAUGCUGCAGCCGUUAAAACUUGAGCACAUGGAGUCCAGUUAUGACAACUCCCCAUUUUCUGAACCAUCUCAGCAUCCAACCUCUUCUACGCCAAAACUCAGUAGAGAAGCUCUUGGAGAGCCAAUGAAUGGAAAGUCGGACAGGAUUUUCCAUAUGGAUGCCUACUGUGAGCUAUGUGAUCGGGAGUUCUGCAAUAAAUACUUUUUGAAAACACACAAGGCAAACAAGCAUGGUAUCUACGAGGACAACUCCCCCCCAUCCAGCGGUGUUCCUAUACCUUUCCCGGGUCUUAUGAUGCCUCAAGACCCAUUAGCCUCAUUUAGUUUUAAGAUGGAUUCCCUGAAGACCCCAUGCAGUGAGCCACUACUUCCUUGGUCUUUUAAGCUGGACUCCUCAAGUAUCCAGCCCAAACGACCUGACAGUUCGCCUAGCAUGAAGCCUAUAGAUACAUCACUUCCCAUGUUUCCUAUGCCGCUGCCAAAUCUGGAAAGCCCCAAGCCCGCACCACCAAAAAACAAUGACGGCUGUGAGAGCAACUCCUUGGCACUGAGUUCUUCUUCUACCACUUCCAGUGCUACAUCUAUCCUGACCAGUAUGACCAACAGCAUUAAGAAUGGACCCAGCCCGGGAAAUCCACCCCCCACGAGUGACCCCAGCAUGGAGGACUACUGUCACAUUUGCCAAAAACACUUUUGCAAUAAGUAUUACCUCAAGAAGCACAAGCAAGAUGUGCAUGGCAUAGUUCCUGACACCCCACCCAGCACCACCAACAAGAGGUCAAGGUCGAGUCUCCUGGACAUGCCAAUGACUUCCACCAAUCACAUGAUGCUUCCACAACCCUUGGCCAGCCUUGCGGGAAUGCACAGCUUACCUGGGAUGCAUGGCCUGCCCAGCAUGCCUAACCUGUCCAACCUGCCCAACAUGCCCCCUGGUAUGAUGGUCAUCAACCCUUACAGCCUGCCUCCUAUGGCCAUCAUUCCAGCAGGCUCCUUGAUGCCUGGUCAGCAGCUUCCACCCCCUCCUCACCCCAUCAUUUCACAAGCCAUGAAUAUGAAUUCCUUACCAGAUUCUGUUCACCUUCCACCUUCACUCCCCACCUCAUCUGCGUCUUCACAUAUUAUGUCAACAGCGGGUCACUCUCCCAACAAAAUGAGUCCAUCUCUUCAGGACACCGGAGUCCACUGCAAUAUCUGCUCUAAAGAAUUCUGCAAUGAGUAUUACUUACAAAUCCACAAAGAAAGCAAGCAUAGUAUUCGUAGACCAAAUGAUGAGGGACCUAGAGAUAAAGCCCUAUCUCUAGUAAAAGAAAAUAGGAAUGAAAUGGGCCGGCCAAGUCCACCACCACUGUCAAUGAUGGGUAAAAAUGAUCAUCCAUUCUCUCAUUCAAGGAACCAUAUGGAGCGUGCUUCCAGCGUAGAGAACAGUUUCCUUAUUUGUAACAUAUGUAGUAAAGAAUUUAACAACAAAUAUCUGUACAGAAUUCACAGGAUCCACGACCAUGGUCUCAAUGAACUCAUUGACCCAACACUCAUUGAGAACGGAGAGCUUCCUAAUAAAGAAGAUGCAAUGAGAAGCAUGAAUGAAUCUUUAAUGAGAAUGGCUGCCGAUGCCUCAGCAGUCUGCUAUGCUUCCAGCUUUGGCCCUUCACCUACCAUCAAGGCACAGGAAAGUGCAGUGUGUGACAUUUGCAAUAAAGAAAUAACCAAUCAGUACUUCCUUCGUCUCCACAAAUUUAACGUGCACGGCAUAGACCCAAGCACUAAUGAAAAGUAUGAUAGAAAACCAUUGAAUUCUCCAAUUCCACCAAUCUCUAAACCAAAGACCCCCACAUCCUCUGGCAGCUUAACCUCAUCCAACCAACAACCGUUGAAUCUGACCCCACACCCUGCACAAAAACACAUGCUUCCAUAUCUCCCGCACAAAAUAGAUUUCAAGGACAUGCCACCAUUUGUCGACUUUGGGAGAGAAUUCAAAAACUUUAGAGACAUGCCUUCUUUUCUUACAGACACUAUAAACAAUGAACUGUUUGCUAGAUCACACAAUCAAGCCCGGCAUAUGGAUUUGAAUUUCUUUGGGCUGCCACCUCUUGGAAAGAUGCCAGGAGAAGAUGGCAUCAAGCUGAACUUUGACCCAGAGGCUUACUGUGACAUCUGUAAAAAAGAAUUCUGCAGCAAAUAUUUUCUCAGGACCCACAAGCAAAAUAUUCAUGGCAUCAAGAGUGACACAACCUCCUCAGUCAGCUCCAAGAGCUCAGACAGUGAGAAGAUCACUGCUGUGUCACCACUGAAACCAGCAAGCAUUCUAACAAGCAGCAGCAACAACAAGAGCAAGGAAAACCUGGACAAAGUUGCCAGCUCUUGGCGGUGGAAGGAACCUGUCAACUCAUCCAGAGUUAUCUGUGACAUUUGCAACAAAGAGGUUUGUAACAAGUACUUUUUACGCACACACAAGCAGAAAAAACAUGGCAUCAUCCCCACAUCACAGUCCCCCAAUGUCAGCAUGAGUGGUUCUCCGAAUGCGUCAGACUGUGACACCGCUUCCAAUGCUUCAAGUCAACCAGACGAGAAGCCAUUCCGGCUUGAUCCUUUCAGCCUGCCCCAGAUGAUUCCUCUUCCUCCAACCGAUCGGCUGGUGGAAAAGUUUAAUCUAAAGCCGGUCAACUUCAGCAAGAAUAAAGAUGAAAUAUCACUCAACAACAAUGUUGAGCAAAGCGAGACUUGUAAUAUAUGCAGUCGCAGAUUCAAAAACAUGAAGUGGUUAAAAGAUCAUAUUAUUAAAGAUCAUUCAGACAAUGAAGCCUUAGAUAUGAGAUCUAAAAAUUCACCUCCUGUUUACACAUGUCAAGUGUGUGGGAUAGAUUUCCCAGCCGAGCUGUCUGUACAGCUUCAUUUGAUCCAAGAGCAUAAUGCUAGAGUCACGCUAGACACAGAUGAGCCCCAGAUUCCAACUGAGGAACCCAGCCUGCCCAACGGGGAAGGCAACAACAACAAGGUAGCUGAGCUCAGCGCCAGGUGGGGACUGCGGAAGAAAAUGUCCAGCUACCGUCGACUGAAGAAGUUUGUAUGUCUACGGUGCGGGUACGAUACCCACUGGCUAUCAUCCUUGCUGGAUCAUGAAAGACAGGAGCAUGGGGUGAUUUCAGAACUGAGCCCUUCAUUUUCAUGUAAACAUUGUCACCAUGCUCUUCCGUCACCGAACUCACUCUCAGCACAUAUGGUUGCGGUACAUGGCUUUAGCAUUGACGAGGCGGUCACAGAAGUCAAAAACACAGAACCAGAAUCUCCAAACACAUUCAGGUGUUCUCACUGCUCCGCAGUUUUCCCUACCCGCUCCUGGGGAAUGGCGCAUGUGAGGCAUGUUCAUAUUCGCAGUCGCAGGGACCUCCCGAUUAAAAAUUGUUUUGAGAAAAGUUUACUGCGCUGCCCAUCCUGUUCCUUCAAAACACAUUUUGCUUUCCGCCUGCAGCGCCACGUCAAGUGCCGCCACAGACGGAGCCUGCGCUCUGGUCAUAGACCGAGUCAGUCUAUCAGAUCAUCAGCACCCAUGUUCACAUCCAGUAUAGGAUUAACACCGGAAGUCAACAACUCUGGAUGCUUAUCUCGGGACGAUGGACUGGUCAGCACUAGCGCCAUUUACAAAAGUAUCGCCGCGUCUCUCUUGUCAGCACCCCAGGCUGGCAGGACUGAGAGUCCCAUUGGGCAGAUGGACAGGGAGGAUCUUCUACUCCAGAGCUACAACCUUCCUCUCAACACCAACCCCAUGGAUUCAAGCCCUUUCAAAAUGACUGGCCAGGCAUCUGCAGCUUCUGCCGUGGUUGGUCUGUAAUUUUCACCUGAUUUUUGUUCCUAACUUUCAUUCCAUGCACCCUAUUACUUGGUUCCACUGUUCUUACCUUAUUUUCAAAGUAUCAACAGCUACAUCUGGCACUUUUUAAAUUAAGAGAACAGCAAUAUGCUAUGACAAUACUUUAAAAAAAGAAUGUAAAGUAAAUUAUUGAAUGCUGCAAAUGUAUUCACAAAUUGUGACAAGACAGUUAUCUGUCUAGACAACAAAAGUGUAUGGUGCAAACAAUGUCUAGAGCUGAAGUCAGAAAAAUAGACUGAAAAAAAAAUCAGCUUUUAGUCAAGUGAGUGCCCAACUUCCACAUAGCUGGCAAUGUAAGCUAAGAUCAGCCAUUGUUAGAUUACCCAUAUUGGUGUAUAAUAUCCCCUCAUUCCCCCUUCUUCCUUCUCAGCAACUGUACCCCAGGUAUAAAAAAAAAGCAAUCACUCAUUGUUAUGAAGUAUACAAUUCCUGUGUUACAGCAAAAUUUUUAUUUAUAAUACCAGUCAUGUACUCUUUAAAAACAACUGUAGGUGUGUGCCUACCUACUACAAUUAUUUAGUUAUACAUAUGAAUGUUGUUAUAAAAUUACUAUAACUACCAUUGAAAGAUUCCCUUACCUUGACAUAUUUUUGCUUGUCAUUUUUUUUUUGUUCCAAGAU